AUGAGCCACUCAAAUACAGUUGAUGGAGGCUACGGCUGGAUGAUUGUCCUUGCUGUAUUCUGGAACAAUGCCCACCAUUGGGGAAUCUUAUCAAGCUAUGGUGUCUUCUUAGAAGAUUUCAUCUCAAAUGCGAGGAUAUCUGGUGGUACCAGUCUUGAUUUCGCGCUGAUUGGUGGACUGUCCGCAUCGCAGGCGCUCGUUAUAUCGCCCUUGAUUACCAUGAUUCAUCGUCGUUUCGGUCUUAAAGCAACUAUGGCUCUCGGUGUGCUCUUUGAGACUGCGGCCCUCCUGGGAGCGUCCUGGAGCACCAAGGUUUGGCAACUCUACCUGAGCCAGGGAGUCUGCUUCGGAUGGGGUCUCGGCUUGCAGUAUCUCUCGACCACGUUUAUUAUUCCCCAAUGGUUCAGUCAGAAACGAAGCUUGGCUGCAGGGAUUACAACGGCAGGCACCGGUACUGGAGGAUUGAUAUACUCAUUAGCAACUCACGCCAUGCUGGACCGGUUCGGCAGUGGUUGGUCGUAUCGAAUUCUGGCCAUUAUCCAAUUCGUGGUCAAUACCAUCUGUGUGCUCCUCUUACGGGAUCGCAUUGAGAAACCUCGAGCCGAAAGAAGAAAGAUAAACCUGCGCCUCAGCCUCUGCAAGAGAUACGAAACCUGGCUGUUCAUCGGCUGGAGCUUUUUCAGUGUCAUGGGUUUCAUGGUCAUCUGGUACUCGCUUGCUACCUAUUCUCGAUCAAUUGGGUUGUCCGCCAGUCAAGGGUCCAUCGUCACCGCCGUGAUGAAUGUGGGCCAAAUUCUCGGUCGACCUACGGUGGGUUAUUUGAGUGACGUUGUUGGACGGAUCAAUAUGACCACGUUUGCCACGUUUACCAGCGGCUUGCUCUGUUUACUGCUCUGGGUGUUCGCCAAGACAUACACUGCACUCAUUUGCUUUGCUUUGUUUGCAGGAAUCCUCUUUGGUACCUUCUGGACUGCUGUUGGGCCUCUCGGGGCCGAGGUUGUUGGAUUAGAUGACCUUCAGUCCUUCCUAACUAUUAUGUGGCUGAUUUGCUCGGUUCCUGCGACCUUUGGGGAGGCGAUCGGCCUUGAACUUCGCACGUCCGGAAGGGAUGAAUUCCUACACACGCAACUGUUUACCGGCUUCAUGUAUAUCGGCGCAUCUCUAUGCACACUACUUUUGCGAGGCUGGAAGAUAUCCCAGAAGAAAUCGUCAGCGCCAGGAGACUCCCCAUCAGCACCGGCGGGAGACUGUCCAGGUUCUGAGUUACCCCGGGACGAUUGUAGUGUCUCUAGCCGGCUAUCUCUGGUUGUGGCUUGGGAGAAAGUCUGA